CGAAGUCCCAAUAAUCGUGAACUGCUUUGUUUAGUAACUACAACAUUGGCUUCGCGGCAUAAGCGUAAUGCGAAAAAAAAAAUGAGCUACUGGAAAUGACAUAAUUUGAAUGAUGCCAUUCUAGUACGGCUCGUUAACACCAUGGUGAGUUUUUAGUUAGAAAACUGGUGAGGUUUUGUUGCGACAGUGUUGCGUUCCUAUGCUGUACGCCAUUGCAGUUAGAAGCCAUUCAUGCAUGAAAACUGAUGUAAAAAGUUAGUGUCGCUGAGACGACUAUAUUGAACUAUGUCGUCCAGCUUUAAGCCGUUUACUGUGAAAAUAAGCUUAGAAGAAUUGUUACGAGAAAACUACGUAGUUUGUUGGAUAAAGGGUAAUUUUAAGGUCUGCGCUAUGCAAUUUGUUUCCCUCAUCACAAAUCAAGGUAAAAUAAAUUUAGCCUGACAAGAUUAAAAACAAACAUGAGAAGAUUUAUCUCUGUGUGUUUUCCAAAACUCAAACGAGCUGUUUUCAUGGAAGGAUCAGUACGCGACUGAAUAGGGAAAUAACCAGACGAACCCUUUGGUAACGGUGAGAAAACACGAUUGAACCCGGCUUAAACGUUUUCUUGUAAGUCUUUUAAACUCUUUCCAUGCUGGCUUAAAUUGCAGGAGUUAAAGGGGGGGCGAGUGGGAGAGGGAACUCAAAUCAAUGUUUUUCUGGGCGAACAUGCAUAUCUUGAUAAAGAAAGUGUCCAAGCAUGUCCUGACUCAGGUGCUGGUCACGCGAUGUAGAGGAAGUCACGCGAUGAGUGCGAUUCCCAGGCACAAAAUUCCAGUACAAUAGGUCCUAAUACAUCCUAGAUGAAGACAAAAUUCAUAAAAUAUAUCCAACUAGACCAUCGAAAACUCAAUCUCAAUCAUACGAUUAAGUUAGGAUUAAGUUCAAUUAAUCAAACGUUUGAUUUCGUUCAAGUGUUUAAAUUACCCCGGGUUAUUUCCUUUUAAUUUCAAUAACAAGUUGAAAGUUUUUAAAAAAUACUUUCACUCUUUUUUUAUGUUUUAUGUCAGGAGUCAAAGGACGAGGAAACAGGUACGUUUGACAAGUUAAAACGUUCUUUGGAUAAUAAUAAUUUUGCUUUUAUCAGAAAACGAUAAACAUAACAGCGCCAAUUUUGAAACAAUUCAGAAUUAUUCAUGCCAGCUGGCCGGCUGGUGUGCAUUGGAAAAAUACCUUGAUGACGUAAAUUAGCAUAUUAGUAACAAUAAAAUUAUGAGUUUCCAUUAAAACAAGCCUACCAAUAAAGUACUAAAUAUAUUUGAAUUAGAGAAAUCCUUCAGAAAGUAGUUUCAAAGAUCUUGAACAAGUGCUGAAAUAAAACGUUAAAAUUCUCUUAGUAACGUUGUGCAAGUGUCUCAAAUUUGUUUCGUACGCGGUAAUCUCUUUUUCAAAAAUCAAAGGUGGUGCCAAUCUAGUGUGUCCUUCAUAGUCUUCAUACCCAGGCCCAGGUUGUUCAAACGUUGGAUAGCGCUAUCCACCGGAUAAAUCACUAUCCAACGGAUAAGUAUUACGGAAAUCAAUUACGCUAUCCGCUGGAUAGUGAUUUAUCCGGUGGAUAGCGCUAUCCGACGUUUGAACAACCGGGGCCAGCUAAAUAUUGGUUGUAAUGAAUAAGGCUAUUAGUGUUUGUCAGAACCUAACUAUUACUUGCUUCACAUUGGUUAUGCAUAGUGCUGAGGCGUCCAAAGCAAGGGCGGAGUUAUGGGUGGGCCGAAGGGGCCCCAGCCACCUCUUUCUGGAUUUUCUGGAUCCGCCCCUGCAAACCGUGCAGUGUUCUUAUGUAAUUCAAUUAUUCUCUGUUCUCAAUUAAGCUUUACUUUGAAUUAUCCUAGGUGAUCAUGAGUAUCAAAGGGCUUUUGCUGCCCUUGAUGAGCUCAAUCUUGCCUCGUUAAAGCCAUUCUUUAAGGAUAACUAUUUACAGGUAAUAAAACAAGAAGCGAUUUUGUGUAAAACGUAAUGAUAUCGGAAUCAGCUUCUGCUUAAUUAUAAUUUGUGUUAGUGAUGGAUGAUCUGGCAAAAAGAAGAAGACAUAUAGUAACAUUAGUAAAGAACAUAAUACUACAGUUAGUAAUUAAGUCCAGAAUGGAAAGAGUGUCCAUCGGAAGCUUGUUUUAUAAUAUGCCGUUUUUUUUUAUUUUUUAGUAUUAUCACUGCCUAACUUGCAAUUUUUAAAUUGAUUCUUAAGAGUGUCACACAGAAAGGAUGACGAAACGCUUGAACUAUAAUAGAACAGCCCUGAAAGAACUUUAACGAAAAAACCUUACAGUUUGCAAACAAAUCAGCAUGUCCAUGUCAAUCAAAACUAACUGGAAUGUUUCUUGGUAGGAUUACACGUUAUCUUACAUGAAAUCAGAAGAGGAGCUGAGAAACCUACUAAGAAAGGUGUGUCAGUAUAAAAAACUUUUCUCUCUGUAUCUUUUAAUGAAUUAUUUAUGGUCACUACCAACAUGGGUUUCGACUUAAU